UUUGGACUAAAGCUGAGUCGUGAGAGACAACCAAGAGUAGAUCUGUGAAAGUGACAUUUUAAGGACUUAAUAUACUUGAGGGGUUUGCAUACAUCUUUAGUGUAUCAUAGACAACAGAAUUUAGUCCAAAAACCAAAUUGUUACUUUUUAAUUAUUCAAACUAAAACAGGGAAAAGUGUUCAACCUCUCCAAUUGCCUAAAGGUUUUUCUAGAUCAACACAUGGCUGGUUUUGGUUGUAGAAUUUGAUAAAAAAAUAAAUAAUUGGAAACUGAAAUGUAGAAGAGGUAGAGCCUGGUUGCAGUAUCGAGACCUGCAUAGUUUUUUUGCUGGACAUAUAAGAGAGAUCCUUGAGAGGUUAUUGACAGAGAGAGUUUCUUUCUGUCAAUAACCAAUUCCUCCUGGGAUCAGUGUGCUCUACUGGCAGUGCAGUCAAUGAAACAGACCUGCAGACAGCAGCUGGAAGUCUUGAGCAAUUUAAGAAAAUACUGUAGUUUUCACAGCGGGAGGAACCCUGUACGUGUUCAAAUAUGGCUGAGCUCUGAUGUCGGGUGGAUGGGUUCGCCUGCUGGUUGCUGACUGUGAGCCUGCAAUGACUCAGGAGGAGGAUGAGGGAGGGAGGCAUCAGUCAGCAGAUUUUCUGCUGUGAGGGAGGGGCUACUGAGGGGAAACCCUGCUCUCACUCCGCCCACUCCUUCUUCUCUGGUUAAAGAUUGAUGGCAUGAAUUAAUUUCCAUGCAGCAAUCCUUUUCUCCAUUGGCUGAGAGGCUCAUUCCACGGCUUGACGAUUGAACCUGCUAGUAUGGGCUGCAGUGAUUGGUCGGGCUCAGCUGCAGUGAGGAUGCAGGUUUCUGCAGGUUCUCUUUACUGCAUUUCUUUGGCUGCUGCUAGUGAAGCCGGCCAAAUGGCAAAUCCUGACUGCUGGUGCUGCUCAAAAUAAUUCAUCAAUCCAACAAGAAGUACUUGCAGUUCGAAAUUCUGGGUCAUUCCUCAGAAGUAACACAGCAAGAGCUGGAUAUGAGAAUUUAGUUUUUAUCCUGCUGGUUUUUUAUUUACGUCUAUCGACCUGAGCCUGGCUGUCUGUCAACUGAGUGAUGUAAUGAGAAAAGAUCCAGUAAGAAGAUGAGACACUGAGCUGGACCAGUGAGGUGGAAGAAAGAGGAGAACUCAGUCCCACGCUGUCCUCAGCUGACCUUUCCACACCUUUCUGCCAUUGCAUGUCUUUGAUUUCAGCCAGCAGUACACAGUGAAGUUUUGUUGCUGUGAGACACAGUUAGUCCCAGCUUGAGUAUGAUGGAGGGGAUGCUUACUUUCCUGUGCCAGAGGCUUUUUGGCAGGACGCAGUGUCAGCCUGCUGAUCCUCAGUUGCCAGGGGAGAAAGAGACAGAGGCCACUGGGAACUGCAGAGAGGAACAUACUGUGCCCUCCUUCGACAGUAAAGAAAUCAGCAGGACUGAAAGUCCAAAGAAGAACACCGUAUAUAUCCUUGUGGCACCUCCUACGGUUCUUCAACAGAAAAUAGUGAAAGCAGGAGACAAGGACCUGGACGGACAGUUAGACUUUGAAGAGUUUGUCCAUUAUCUCAGAGACCACGAGAAGAAACUCCGGCUGGUCUUCAAGAGUCUCGACAAGAAGAACGAUGGCCGGAUUGACUCGCAAGAAAUCAUGCAGUCUCUGCGUGACCUGGGGGUGAUCAUCUCUGAGGAACAGUCUGAGAAGAUCCUCAGAAGUAUGGACAAAAAUGGCACAAUGACUAUUAACUGGAAUGAGUGGCGGGAUUAUCACCUCCUCCAUCCAGCAGACAACAUUCCUGAGAUCAUCCUCUACUGGAAACACUCCACGAUCUUUGAUGUUGGUGAGAGUGUGUUGGUCCCUGAUGAGUUCACAGCGGAAGAGAAGAAAACAGGAAUGUUGUGGCGACAUCUAGUGGCUGGAGGUGGAGCGGGCGCUGUGUCUCGAACCUGUACUGCACCACUGGACAGGCUCAAAGUACUCAUGCAGGUUCACUCCUCCAAGAGCAACAGCAUGCGUAUCUCUGGAGGCUUCAUGCAGAUGAUCCGAGAGGGAGGUGUGAGGUCACUGUGGCGAGGCAACGGCAUCAACGUCCUUAAAAUAGCCCCCGAGUCUGCUAUUAAGUUCAUGGCCUACGAACAGAUUAAACGAUUGAUGGGAAGUAACCAGGAGACGCUGGGCAUUGCGGAGCGGCUGGUGGCCGGCUCUCUGGCUGGAGCCAUCGCUCAGAGCAGCAUCUACCCCAUGGAGGUCCUGAAGACACGCUUAGCUCUGAGGACGACGGGCCAGUACUCGGGCAUCGUGCAUUGUGCCAAACAUAUCUUUCGGAAGGAGGGGGCGGCUGCUUUCUACAAGGGCUACGUCCCCAACAUGCUGGGCAUCAUCCCCUACGCUGGCAUCGACCUGGCAGUCUAUGAGACUCUGAAGAAUUACUGGCUGCAGCGCUUCGCCACAGACAGCGCUGACCCGGGGGUGUUCGUGCUGCUGGCCUGCGGCACCACCUCCUGCACCUGUGGCCAGCUGUCCAGCUACCCCCUGGCCCUGGUCCGCACUCGGAUGCAGGCACAAGCUACCCAGGAAGGGGGCCCUCAAAUGACCAUGAGCACCCUGUUCAGACACAUCAUUAAGACCGAGGGGCCCUUGGGACUCUACCGGGGCCUGGCUCCCAACUUCAUGAAGGUCAUUCCAUCAGUCAGCAUCAGCUAUGUGGUCUACGAGUACCUCAAGGUCCAACUGGGGGUCCAGUCAAAGUGAGGAGGGGCAGAGGCUGGAGGCUUUAUGCGUUUGUUUUGAGCUGAAGAUUUGCUGCGUUGGCCUCCAAGAAACAUGCAGCUGACCCUCAACAUAUUCAAAUCCAUUAUGAAAUAUCAGGGUUUGAAAGAUAAAGGUGAUGUGAAUGAGAACCUGAAGGCAGAGAGGUUGAUGAAGACUCGAUUGAAGCAACUCAUUGUAGUUGCUCUUUUAACUACAAUUAUCUUGCGCAAUUCAGGGGACAAAUGUUUACAUGACAUUCAUGGCAGUAGUUUACUGGGGUACCAGCAACUUGCUAAUGAUAUGUCAGGAGCUCCUGCUCAGAGUGAAGGAAGAAUCUUUGUCUUAAAGGGCUCUGCCACAGCACAUCACAAACACCGUUCAUGUUUUUCUUUCAUAUCACGUGUGCUCUCAGGCUCUCUGAGUUGGCCGCUUGCUGCAGCCACAAGGACAACGAUACAGUAGCUGUAGUUUAGUCAUUCAUACACACACAAGAUUGAAUCAGGACCAUAACGUUGUUUAUGGAACAUAACAUUUCCUUUUUGUUUUCCAAGGUCCACUGCUCCUUUAGUUGCUUUAAAUCCAUUCAGGUCCAUUCAGUCAGUUGUUUUAGGGAGUGAGAUGUGAGCCAGCAGGAAAGCAGCAACAUGUCUCAUCAUGAUGUGACUUCCUUUGUUUAACAAUGAUACUCUGGACAGCAUGUUUUUAGGAUUAUAUUUUGUGCUUUUUGACCUUAUUAUUCAGUCCAGAACAGGAGAGACAGGAAGGGGAGGACAUGCUUAUUAUUCAGUCCAGAACAGGAGAGACAGGAAGGGGAGGACAUGCAGCAUUUGUACUGUUAAGGGAAACAUUGUGAGAUUAAGUUGACACUGCACAUUCUGUAUUUUUAAGAAGUAGCAGUAUCAAAUGUUGAGUUUAGUGUCACUCCUAUGGGUGUGUACUCAUGGGACACACCUCCAUUCUUCCUUAUUCCUGUACAAAAUAUCAGUUAUCAUAUGUUUUCUUUUGAAGCAGGCCCCCUCUAUACAGGUUUCAAAUGAGUCAUCAGGAAAAAAUGUCUUAGCUCGUGGCAUUUGAAUAUUUCACCAGCUUGUCGGCUGAAGACAUUUCCAUUUUCUCUUGUACGAAGUGAAUACAAGUGCUUCAUUUGACCUGCUCUCUGACUGAAGCUGCAGACCCACGAGUGCCUUGUGUGCCUCUUACUUAAAUGCACUUGAACACUAUUAGAGGGGAAGUCUGUGGAACAUUGAAUGCACUUUAAGGUACUCCGCUUUAACUCCUGAUUUUAUUAUUAGUAAUGUAUUUAUGUAUUUAUUUUUACAAAAAAAGAUUCAUGACUGCAUUUGUGAUAUAUUGGUUAUGCUGAAUAAAUAAUAGUCUCUUUGAUUUCAGAGUAAUCCGUGGUCUUGGUGAAAAUCUGAGAACUGGAAGUAAUAGAAGGAAUCUGACAUGGUUUCAAAGAAAUAGAAUGUUCAAUACAAAGUUAAACAAAAAAGGAAACAAUAAUGUGAAUAAGUGGAGUAGAAUAUUUAAAUCAACCAAUAUUUUUGUGUAAUAGUUGGAAAAUGAUUAAAACUCAACUAAUUAUUGGGAAA